UUCGGAAUUUCACUUUCAUAGAAACGCUUCAAAACAGCAUUAAACAACUGAAACAACAUAAAAACAACAAUAAAUCACAACUAUCAACAAAAUUCCAGUAGAAAUACACAGUUCCAGCCAGUUUACUGCGAAAUCUGUUGCGGCGUGCGUACGAACCGAUUAGCUCAUCACCGAUACAGUGGAUACAGAUCCACUGGUGUUCGAACUUAAAUUAGGCGAGAUUACGGACGCGGGAAGGUCAAAUCGCGCGUGAGCACUGUGCACACGUUUCCACUCGCAGUUAACGCGGUGACAUUCGACGCACAGCACCCGAAUUUCUCCAAUUCGCAAUUCACACCGAAACCACACACACAAAAUGCAUUCAACACGCCGUAUUUUAUGCCAGGGCCUAAACCGCAACCUGAGGCAAUUCUCCUGCACAUCCAAAAAUAAUUUCAAGGUAGCUGUCGCUGGUGCUUCUGGAGGCAUUGGCCAGCCAUUAUCUUUACUGCUGAAGCAGUGCCCAAUGGUAUCUGAGCUGCGAUUGUAUGAUAUUGUCAACACCCCUGGUGUGGCUGCGGAUCUCUCUCACAUCGAAACUCCUGCCAAAGUUGAAGGUUAUGAAGGUAAUGAUUGCAUGGAGGAGGCUUUCAAGGGAUGUGACAUCAUUGUUGUGCCAGCUGGUGUUCCACGUAAACCAGGUAUGACCCGUGAUGAUCUCUUCGCAACCAACGCUGGAAUCGUCCGUGAUAUCGCCACAGCCGCCGCCAAAGCCGCCCCUAAGGCCCACUUCUGCAUUAUUUCCAACCCUGUGAACUCCACCGUACCAAUCGCCUCUGAAGUGUACAAAGCAUGCGGAGUUUACGACCCCUGCCGCAUCUUCGGCGUGUCUACCUUGGACAUCGUCCGCGCUAACACAUUCGUCGCUGAAUUAAAAGGUCUUAACCCAAUGGAAGUAUGCAUUCCUGUUAUUGGUGGACAUGCAGGCAUCACCAUCAUCCCGUUAAUCAGCCAAGCGAAGCCAAAAGUAGAUUUUGACGAAGCUACACUUGCGAAGUUAAUUCCUAGAAUUCAGGAUGCAGGUACAGAGGUGGUUAAGGCAAAGGCCGGUGCUGGUUCAGCCACGUUAUCCAUGGCGUACGCCGGUGCACGUUUCGCCAUCUCGUUGAUGCGUGCAAUGAAAGGCGAGAAGGAUGUGGUUGAAUGCGCGUACGUCGCGUCUGAUUGCGUCAAAGGUUUGGAUUACUUCUCCACACCGCUGGUUCUGGGCAAGAAUGGCAUCGAGCAGAAUCUGGGUCUUGGUAAACUGACCGCUGGCGAGCAGAAAUUGGUGGAUGCUGCCAUCCCUGAGCUCAAAAAAUCCAUCCAGAAGGGUGUUGACUUUGUCAACAAGUAAAAAGUCAAUUCUGAUGCAUUUUUACCAAUGUUACACCGUACAAGCCAUUAUAUUUUGUAAGAAACUAAGAAAAUACCAUACUUUACAAUAGAAACCAACCAUCUACUUCUGUUAUCUGCGUUCUGUGAUGUUUUUUGUUGUAUUUUGAACAUGAUUUGUACUAGUUGUGUAUAUUUACGCAGUUUUGUGAUAGGCAACCAAACAUACAUGGCGAAGUUAACCAAAAACACGCAAUUAAAAUUCAAAUUUUAUUCAAA